CCGACACACUCCCUUUCCCUUAACCCGGGAAAUAAACACGGAACGGCGGCGGUCAGGAUUGACUUCCCCCAGUGCGCACCAUUCAUGGUCCUCCCCUGGAUGUCUGUCUGACAGGAGGGUUGGUGUUAUAUUGCUGAAGGAUCAGACCUUGAGUCACAAGUAAGAGAGCAGGAUAGGACUCCUCUCGGACAACAGGGAGCAGCAGGCAUGCAGGACUCGGCUUCGGACAGCAAGAUGGCCAAACAGGAACAGAACUCCAAGCAUCUGGAUGAACACAGAGAAACAGACGACAUGUCUGAGAAGACGUCCCCAAACAAGAACCUCAGAUCUCCCCAGAAAGGCUCCAAACGACAUAAAACCGUCCCCUUCAAAGUGACUCUGCUGGACACCUCUGAAAUUGAAGCAGAAAUUGAGAAACACUCCAAAGGACAGGCCCUGAUGGACAUGGUGUGUGAGCACCUCAACUUGCUGGAGAAGGACUACUUCGGUCUGACCUUUGCCGACACAGACACCCAGAAGAACUGGUUGGACCCCUCAAAGGAGAUCAAAAAGCAGAUGCGCAACUCUCCAUGGCACUUUGCCUUCGCUGUCAAGUUCUACCCUCCGGACCCCUCCCAGCUCACUGAAGAUAUUACCAGAUACUACCUGUGUCUGCAGCUGAGGGAUGACAUGCUGUCAGGUCGUCUGCCGUGCUCGUUCGUCACUCACGCUCUCCUGGGCUCCUACACUGUUCAAGCUGAGCUGGGGGACUAUGACCAGGACGACCAUGGCGCCGACUACGUCAGCGAUUUCCGUUUUGCCCCAAAUCAGACUCGCGAGCUAGAGGAGAGGGUGAUGGAGCUGCAUCGAAACUACAAGGGGAUGACUCCAGCAGAGGCUGAAAUUAACUUCUUGGAGAAUGCGAAGAAACUCUCCAUGUACGGGGUGGACCUGCAUCACGCUAAGGAUUCUGAAGGCAUUGACAUAAUGUUGGGUGUCUGUGCCAACGGCCUGCUCAUUUACCGUGAUAGGCUGAGGAUCAACCGCUUUGCCUGGCCAAAGAUCCUUAAGAUCUCCUAUAAGAGGAGCAACUUCUACAUCAAGAUACGACCUGGAGAGUAUGAACAGUUUGAAAGUACAAUUGGUUUUAAGCUUCCUAACCACAGAGCUGCCAAGAAGCUGUGGAAGGUCUGCAUUGAGCAUCACACCUUCUUCCGGCUGGUGUCUCCAGAGCCUCCUCCUAAAGGCUUCUUGGUGAUGGGUUCAAAGUUUCGAUACAGUGGAAGGACACAGGCUCAAACCAGACAGGCCAGCUCUCUUAUAGACCGGCCAGCUCCGCACUUUGAGCGUUCCACCAGCAAGAGGUACCUGCUCUCCAGGAGCUUGGACGGAGCAGAGUUCUCACGGCCAGUGUCAGCCAUGUGUGAGAACCAUGAUGGUCUAUCCCACCGCAGCAUCAGUGAACAGCGUCGCCUCCACAGCCCCUCUGUGGACGAACAGGAGACCGAGCUGGAGCCCAGUUUGGAGCAGGACGAGGAGGACAAGGACCAAGAGCAGGGCCAGGAGCAGGACAAAGACCAUGACGGCAAUGUCACUCCAAGCAAAAAAAAAGAGAUCAUGCUCUCUCAGUUGGACCAGGAGGCCACUCCUCGGCACAAGCAGGAGUUUCUGGAUAAGUCACAGGACUUCUUGCUGAAGCACCAGGCCAGCAUCAACGAGCUGAAGAAAACCCUGAGGGAGCCAAACAGCAAGCUGAUGAACCGUGAGAAGCGUCUGUCAGUCACCUCCCCAACCGGCACACCAGAGAAGAAGGCUCCUCCUGUGGCAAAGAAAGACCCCAGUGCUGUGAGUGUGGCUCAUUUGCUGAAGAGGUCUGACAGCAAGACAGAAACACAUACGAAUGGAUCAGAGAUCCACCCCCACAUCAUGAAUGUCUCACCGCAGAACUAUGGAGUCGUCAGCCCGCGGGAGGCUCCUGCUGCCCUUAAAGAAAAUGGAUCUCCUGUAAAAGCUGCCCCCCAGGAGAGGGAGUCUGUUGUGUCCCCGCUGACAAUCACAGCUGAGAGCGUCACCUCAGCAACCACAACUCAAGUUACCAAGACUGUGAAAGGAGGCUACUCAGAGACAAGAAUUGAGAAAAGGAUUAUAAUCACAGGAGAUGAUGAUGUGGACCAACAUCAGGCUCUUGCCAUGGCGAUCCAAGAGGCCAAGCAGCAGCACCCCGACAUGCUGGUGACAAAAGCAGUGGUGAUCAGGGAAACAGAGUCUCCCACUGAGGAGCUGCAGCAGAAAGCAGAGUCCUGAUCGGUCAUGGUGGCUCCUGAGACACGGGGACAGGAGAAGAUCCUCCAGCUGUGUGUCUCCUGCCCCGCCCUGCAGUACGCCACCAACCAGAUAUGAGGACUUUCUACCCGGUCUGUGUAUACACCGACAUGAGAACGGACUGCAAUUCAUGAAGCAGUAGGCCUCCACUCCUGUCCCUUUAGACAAAGCAACUGUGACUUGGCUUUUGACCCAACCAGGCCUCCGGUUUUGUCCCGGCCCUUCUCAGCUCUCCAUCUCCUUGGAACAGGAAACGUCUUCUACUGGGUGAUUUCACACCUGAUUUAAUCAACUGGAGGGAUGUAAUGUAAGACCCCAUCACAGCUAUUACUAUUUGAAUUCACCUCUUUACUUGCAUAUUAAUGAAUCUAAUACAUUUUCUCUUCUUUAAAUCCCGAGGGUCAUUUGACUCAAUGAGUUUUCAAUCCCAGCCCCAAUAGCCUUCCCUCACGAAAUCCUUUUUUCUUUUAAGGCCUCAAACAUUUACCCUGUCUCACAUAUAAAAUGAAUAAGAUACAAGAGCAGAGGAGGGCUGAUUGAAAGGAUGGAGACAAUGCUGGUGGUGGGGUGGUGGAGAGGUUGGUGCCAAGUGGCAAGAGGCAGCCUUUUGCUCGUUGUUGCCACCUCCUGGCUGUGACACCUUCAGUAUAAUCAACUGCUGUCUUAUUAGCUUUUUACAUUUUUAUCUAUAGAGGAUCUAAUUUAUGUCCAGUGUUCGCUUGUUUAUGAAAUAUGUAUAAUAUCAGAUGAUUAUAAUGUGCAUGAUUCAGUUACACAAUAGCCAAGAGAAUGGAAAAUAAAAUACACAGAAAUGUCCACAUUUGAAAUCCAUAAGAAGCUCUGAGAUGAUGGGACUGAGCACCUACGGUGAAAUGCUGCGUGGACACACAGUGAUCUCGAUGGACUCUACUGACGAAGAAGUAACACUUCAGCUGGAACUCUGCUUUGGUCCCAGUCUCUAACACAGAAACAUCACUGUCCUCGUCCCAUUUCCCCCCACUCACGGUUACUGUUUUCAUUUUGCUGUCAACUUGCCGUCUACAUAAAGAAAUGCUGGUCACACGUUCCGGGCACAGUUAUGAGAUUUUUAGAGAAAUUUUAAUAUAAAUAAUGUUUUGUCUAAUAUGUUUCAGAAAUGUGAUGAUAAUGUUUUACUUGAUUUUACUAACUUUCAUCAUGAAACAGAGUUUGUCGGUUAUUCUUGUGUUUUUGGACGUUUCAGUCUUCACGUGUGGACAAGAGUGUUUGUGCUGUGACUUGGCUCGAUGCUGUGUUUCGCUCAUUCUGCUUGUGCCUGAAAUAUCUGGCUGUCUGUGUGCAGUUCAUUCAAAAUUUAGAAUCUUAACAGACGCCCCUGUCAGUAAUCAAAGUCGGCAUCAUAUUAAUUUGUUGAACCUGCUGUAAUUGAUUUCUUUGCCAUUUGGAGAGCGGUGCAACAAGCCGCAAACACAGCAUUGACAUAACAGCUUGGUGUUAGCAAACAGUUGUCUCUUCACGCAUCCCGCUUACAAGGAACAUUAUUUGGAGUCAUGUUGGCCACCUGGUGAAUGAAAGUACAAUAUACACUCUUCUUUUAGCUCUGUUUUGUCUGUCUUAAUGGAAAUAUUUGGCUCAUUAGCUGCUAAAUGCUCUACUGUGUUUGUAAAACCGAAAGAAUGAGCUAAAAAAGCGCUACAUACAGGGGAGGAAAACACAGUUGGGUUAGUUGGGAUAGUUCUAUGUGGGCUCGUUACUGUGAGCAACACCUUUUACAUCACACACAGUUCAUUUGAUUCAAUUGUAGUAUAAAAACAUUGAUCAUAUCAGUUUUAAACAGCAACUUCAAAAGCAAUGUAAAGAAAUACAUUUUCCAGUUUUUAAUCAUAUGUGCAUGUUGACAAACCUGCCUGAAAAGUUCAAAACCACAAGAUUAACAUGGUAUUUUUUUUUGUUUUCUAUUGGAUUAACUCUUUUAAGUUAUGGUGUAUGAGUUUGCAGUUGUAUUUAUAGGGAGUGGUGAAUGUGAGGCCUGUGCUUUUCGUCCCUGUUCCCCUUCCCUGACAAAGCCCAGAUAGGUAGUGUGAACCUGUUGGCUGUCACAGGACAUAUAUCCUGAAUGAUCUUUAAUACUAUACUAUGCAUCACUUAUCAUAGCCUACAUGAGAAUCCCUCUGAUGGAACCUGACCCAUGUUAGCCGCGUUGUUGUCAUUGUUAACUUUGUGCUACUGUUAACCGAAGCAGUGAAGCGCACGGCUUGUGAGAUUUGCAAUAAGCAGCCAUUAUUCUUAUCCUCUGUCCUCUUAAGGGAGAAAACUGUGAACUCUCAUGCGUACCGAAGCGUAACCAAAACCUAUAACACCGAGUAAGUGAUAUUCAAAGAAGCUUUUCCAACACUUGUGACCAUGGCUUUGUCGCCCUUGUCGUCUAAUCCUCCCAUCCCCUGACUUGAAACUGUCAACCUGCUGUUAAUGUGUCUGAGGAAACAAGAAAUUCCCAACCUGAUUGUUUGUAUAUUCCAUUUUGCUCUGUUUUAUUUUUCUGUUGAUAUGACACUGGACUGUUGUGAAGGCACUUGCUUGCGGUGAUCGCAGCACAUAUACUGUAAACUGCUGGGAAAAUGAUCUGUCUGUGCUGUAGUAUUGGACACACUACUGAUGGAGGAGAAACGACUGUAAGCAUCAGGAGAGAAGCUGUGUACUGUGGACAAGGUGGUGAGUUGAAGGAUGGAAGGCCUGUAUUUAUAGAUAUAUAAAUAUCCACACUCCUGUGUAUUAUCCUGUAAACUAUGUAGAAAUUGACAGGAGCAGGGGUUUCUUUUUAGGUUCAAGAGACGGGUGGGUAAGAGUAAACCGAAGGUCAGCAGUGCAACAGAAAUAUCACGAGUGGGUCCCUUGUGUUUGGAGUCAUGGUUAUGGGAGCAGGUGAUCAGUGCUCAGCUGAAAGUGCUGUUAAUCACCACGAGGCAGAUGCAGAAAUGACGUCUCGGUCCAAGGUUGAGGAAGAGCUGUCAUGUCUGUGAUGAAUGUGACAUUGAGCGUGGUGACUCUCAGUAAGUCUCUCAGAAGCUGAGCUGUUCUCAGCGUGAUGGAAACAUUUAUUGGCCCCAUUAACAUAGAUAACCAGCAUAGUCCAGAUGGUGGAUAUGAACCUCUCUUUUCCUGAGAAGAGCGUCAAACUGCCCCGCUGUUUAGCCUCCACCUUCAAUUCUCCACUGCCUUUUGCUCUACAUUCCCUUAGUGCUUGGUGGUGUGUAUUUUGCUGUAUUUGCAUUCAGUCUAAAUGGAAAACAUACAUGCAUAAAUAAAUGUCUCAGUAUGAUUCAAA